AUGGGGAAGGCAAAGGGCGGGUCGAUAUUCAUCAGGCUGGUCUCAGCAGCAGGAACUGGAUUCUUCUACGUGAAGCGAAAGAACCCACGCAAGUUGCAAGAAAAGCUCGAGUUCCGGAAAUAUGAUCCUCGUGUUAAUAAGCACGUAUUGUUUACUGAGGCAAAGAUGAAAUGA